ACAUUUUUUUUACCGUGACACGGUGUACUGUACCGUGCCAUGGUGGACACUUCCUUGUCACGGUACAUGUGCCGUGUCACGGAAUCUCCUCGUGUCUUUUCCGCGUAAACCCUUCACUCCCGUAGGUCAAAUAUUUCCUGCGUCACUCCAGUUUUUCCCGCGUCACUCCAGUUUCCCCGUGUCACGGUAUUCUUUUCCAUGUCGCGGUGUUCUUUUCCGUGUCACGACAACCUUUUUUAGGGUUUUUAAUCUUUUUAGGGUUUCGUUUGUUCCCUCUGCUCAUUUUCCCUAUAAAUACCCCCUCCUUUCUACAGUUCGCGGCACCAAAUCCUGCUCUCUUUCUACAGAGGGGUGAAUUGAAGAUCAGAAGAACAAGGAGAAAGAGGAAAAAAAAGGAGAAAGAGAAGAUAAAGGGAAUGACGGCUAGGGAGACUAGGAGAGAGAAUAUGGAGGUUGGAAUUAAAACCCUGACUCUUAAUGAUUCAGCAUAAAAAAAAAAAAAAAAAAAAAACUCACGGGUCAACAUGUACUCGCCACUCUCACAGGUCGGCCCAUGACCCGACCCGAAGACUUGGUAAUUAUCCCGAGUUAGGUACCCGGCCCGCUAAUUUCAGGAAAAAAUAAAAAAAUAUCCGGUAAAAUUAGUCGGGACAGCGGGUCAUCAAGACGGAUCAAUCGGGUCGGGUAUUUUUGAACACCCCUAGAGAGUAGGGAACAGUGGCUGAAGGGGGUUGUAGCCAAAAAAUUUCAAAUUGACCGUGCUAAGUUUAAUAGCAACCAUAACUGAAAGCCCAAAUACGAGACGAACCAUCUUCUAAUCCAACCAAGAGUUGGACCCAAAAAUAGGAAUAUUGCAAUGAAUAAAAUGAGUUUUUUAAAAACGGGCUGACGUUAACACUAAUCAAUACUUGACCCUAUGAAAAUUGAAACAAGUAGAAAGGGCAUAAAUGACCAACUACCACAACUUUAUAAUGCUUCGUAGUUGACAACACUAUACCCCCCCUCUGCAUCAUCAUACUUAAAUCGUCGCCAUUUCUGAAACUCAAGCUUCUCUUUCUUCUUCUCUCUAUUUCUCUUCACUUACCUUACUUUCUCUCUCCUCCCUCUGAAACUCCCACAAUUUAACCCCUUGAACUGAGAUUCACGACUUUGCUACUAUUUUCGUCCUCAAAUUUUGAAUUAUUUUUGUAGAAAUAUUCAAGGGGAAGAAGAUCUUUGAUACUAUGAAUGAAUUCCUUGUCUCGAUACACGAUUCAUACUCUUGUCAAAUUGUUCACAUGUUGAAGAUCUAAUGUCGAUUUCGGCUUCGUUUAAUUUAUAAUGUAUCAGACAAUGAGCCCAGAUAAUUUGGGUUCAAGUAGCAUUAGAAAAUCAAAUACAAAUAACUUCAAAUCAAGUAAAGAAGAUCAUCAAAACGGCGGCGGCGAAAACGGAAGAAUAGCAAAUAUUGUUACUGUGACGACGACUACAACAUCAACUAGUAACAGUUUGGAAGGAAAUGGAGUAAUACACAAAUCUCCUCCAAAAACAAAUCAACAAAAUGAAAACAAUCACCACCACACCAACCACCAUCACCACUAUGCCGCAUCGAGUUCUUCAGUGGUCAAUCCGAGCCAUGAAAGCAGCCCAAGUCGAAGUAACGCCUGCCUCGGCGGAGGCGGAAGUAGUGGUGAUAUGCUGCUACAAUGGGGUCAGAAUAAAAGAUCGAGGUGUUCAAGGACAGAAAGUCGGUCCAUGGUUAGUGUUGUAUUGGACAAACAUCAUACAAGUAAUAAUAAUCAUGUAAUGCCACCUCCACAUCCAAAUUCAAUUCCAACUCUGCCGUCUUUGCCGUCCACUUCUACUAGUAAUGGUAGUAGAAUUGGUGGUUCUACCAGAGUUCGACACCAAGGAUUACUCUAUAACAAAGAUACCAAAAAUAGGAACUUGGUUGAUCAAAUGGGUACACAUAGCGCGUUGCCGUCGAGGAAUGGCGGUGGUAGUAGCCGUCCGAUUUCUAGAUCUACUGUGGGGAAGCGAUCCCCAUCUUGUACCGAGAAGAAUGAUAAGAAGGUAUCAUCUUCUGGGGCAAUUAGGAAAGUGAAAUCAGAUGAUUCUUUAGCGCCCCAUACAAGCAAUGGAAAUCAUCAUGUUGAAUUAGCUCAUGUAGACCAUGAGCACGGUGGUGGGGGUGCCGCCUCGAUGGCACGGUCUCCGGUGGCGGACACCGAAAAAGGAGGUAAUGAAGUGGUUGAAUGGCCAAGGAUUUACCUAUCACUUUCAAGAAAGGAAAAGGAAGAUGAUUUUUAUGCAUUGAAGGGUACUAAAUUACCUCAUAGACCCAAAAAGAGGGCUAAGGCUGUUGAUAGAGCCCUUCAGUAUUGUUUUCCAGGUCUUUGGCUCUCUGAUUUGACGAGGGCAAGAUAUGAAGUUAGAGAAAGAAAGAGUGCCAAGAAGCCAAAACGAAGGGGAUUGAAAGGACUAGAGACCAUGGAAAGUGAAUCAGAGUAGAAUGCAAGAUGAAGCUUCCUCAGAUCAAUGACCGCCCUUUUUGAAGAAACUAUUGCCCCCAGCAACCAUAUGCUUUAAUAUAUUUUGAGAACUAUAGCUUUUGCUUCUCUCAAGUAUGAGCUCUGUUCUUCAGUUUUCCUUUAGAUGGGGAAGGGUGGCGCCUAGUAUUUUGAGUUCCUUGACAAGGUCUAGCAUUACGGCAAGUAAAGCUUCACCUCGAGGAUAAAUAUAUUGAAAAGAAUGUAGAGGGUUUUAGGGAUAACCCAGCUUGUUGUAAUGGUAAAUUUGAAAAUGGAUGAGAAGGAAAAUAUCAAAUA